AUGAAGGUGGUAAAACGGGAGUUGUGUAGGAGUAGGCAUCAAGACAUGGUCCAGGAGCAGGUUCAGGUGGAUGAGAGUCCAGAGGGAGCUCAGCAGCUCUGCUCACCAGUACAGAUGGGGCAAGGAGGAGACCAUCCCUCAGCAGCACAACUGUUGCCCCCUGGUCAGCAAACCCAGGGAAGGGACACUGCCCAUGUGCAGCUACAGAGGCAGACAGCACCAGGGGGCAUAGCCCCAAACAUGGGACUGCAAAUGGACCAGGGCUGGGAGGCCCCGGAGGUGACCGUGCAGGUGCGGCCUCAGAAGCUGAGUCAGGGGUGGGAGUCCCCAGAGGUGACCGUGCAGGUGCGGCCUCAGAAGCCAAGCCCAAGAUGGGAGGCCCCAUCAGUGACCGUGCAGGUGCAGUUACAGCAGCAGGGCCAAGGGCAAGCUCUCCCACAAGUGACCGUCCAGGUACAGCCGCAGGAGCAGCGACAAGGUAUGGCUGGCAUCAAGGUCACUGUGCAACUGCAGCUGAGCCAUGUCCCAGAAGAGGUAACCUGCCCCCAGGAUCAAGGUGAGGAAGUGUUAGGGAAUGGAGAGCAGCUGACCUCAGAACAAAAGCAGGGAGAGCCAAUAGCAAGAUCUGAAGGUGAGAGAGAACUGUCUGUAGUGGAGCUGGUGCCACAGGGGGCUCCAAGCCAAAAGCAGGAUCAAGGAGGAGAGGUGAUAAAACCCCAGCAGGACCAGAGCCAAGAAGAGGAAAAAGCAGAAGUGGUGGAGCUGCAGGUUGGAGACAAAUCAGACCUGGAUGGGGUGGUGACAGAGGAGCAGCUGCAGGACCAGAGCCAAGAGCAGGAACAGCUAGAAGCAGAACUGCCCCCGCUAAAGGAAGGUCAAAGAGCUACAGAGAUGAGGCAGGAGCAAGGUGAUGUCCAAGAAGGGUCCAAGGGGAUGGUGGAAGACCAGAAGGAAGACCUGGGGCAGGAAGUGUCUAAGAAACGUCCACGAGAGACUCCAAAUUAUUUUGUUGCUAUACCAAUAACAGAUGAUCAGGUUUUGGACAAAAUUGAAGAUGUCCAAGAGCUCAUAUUCACUAAAGAGCCUGACCUGUUGAGAGCUUUUCUUCCUGUUCAAACUAUGCAUCUUACUAUAAUAGUAGCUCACCUGGCAACAGAAGAAGAAGUAAAAAAGGCUGUUCUGGCACUGAAGCAAAGCAAGGCUAAAGUGGAAGCCAUCUUACAGGGUAAAGACCAUAUUAUGACAUUUAAUGGGAUUGGACAGUUUAACAAUCAAGUGAUAUAUGUGAAAAUGUCAGAGGAAGACCAGAAAAUUCUGAGCAGAAUUGCAGAAGCUGUGGAAGAAUGCUUUAUUGAAAUGAAUCUUGACAUUUCAGGGAGCAAGGAUUUCAAACCACAUCUUACUUUCCUAAAGCUCUCCAAAGCACCAAGGUUGAAAAGAAGGGGCUUCAGGAAAAUUUAUUCGGAUCUGUAUAAAGAAUACGAAGACAGCUACUUUGGCACAGAGGUCUUCACUCAAAUUGAUCUCUGUGCCAUGCAUAAGAAGAAGCAGGAAUCUGGUUACUAUUAUUGCGAGUGUUCAAUUAACGUGGGCUCCAGCAGUACAGAAGAGAGUAAAGAGCAAGAAAUGCAGACAGAAGAUGUGGGAGAAACAACCAGUGAAGACCUUCCAAAUAGUGCUGCAAAGGCUGAAAUAGAAGCAACUGCUGCAAGCUGUGAGCUUGCCUCAUAUUUAGUAGUAGCUGAUGAUAAGCCAUCUGAAAAUAUUGCUGAGGCUUCAAUUGCAAGUAAAGAAAAAGAAAUUGAUGAGGUGAAGGGACAGCCUGAAGCUACAGAUGGGACUUUUCUUGCAGCUGGAGAGAACUGCUUGAAGUCAGUACUUGGUCUGCUGCCAGAAAGUUCAGAUGCAUUGAAAAGUGUGGAAAAGGAACAAGAAAAAGCAAAGAUAACAGAUGGUAGCCUGCAGAAAACUGAAGCAAUAGAAUAUGCACCUGAUCAGUUCACGAUAAAGCUGUUGCAGUCCUCAGUGAACUGA